CCACACACACACACACCGUGGCGGUGACACAUCGCUCCAGUUCCCACUGUGCUGCCUUCACAUGCGUCCCCACAGACUCAUCUGCGCAGCGCCACGUUGCGCCAAGAUGAGCCUGAUCUUCUCGGUACCAUCCGAACGGUGCCGCCCCGCCGCCUGACUGAGCCGCAGAGGCAGAGGGAGGGCACCAUCUUUCCGCUGUGAACAGACACCUCUCUGUCGCCUAAAGGACACCGCAGAGCUACGCGCUUGUUGUUUCGGCAUCCUUCCUCAACCCCCUCCUCUUCCUCCUCCUCUUCAUCCCCACAGUCUCCUUAUUAGCAGAUAGUCGGUGUGGAGGACGAACUGGGGGUGCAAUCUGGUGGAAUAAAAUCUUUUGAUAUUUUUGUCCUUUUUUUCCCUUUUACGAGCGCGCAUCUGCUGUGCGCUCGUGCAUAUUCCCUGUGAAUGGUGGAUUUGGCAAAUAUGGAGACUGUGGAGAAGGAAUGCGGGGCCCUCGGGGGUCUAUUCCAGGCGAUAGUAAACGACAUGAAGUGCUCCUAUCCUGUGUGGGAGGACUUCAGCGCCAAGGCCACCAAGCUGCAUUCACAGCUCCGAACCACUGUUCUGGCUGCUGUGUCCUUCCUGGAUGCCUUUCAGAAAGUGGCAGACAUGGCCACCAACACCAGAGGAGCCACCAGAGACAUCGGGUCAGCUCUAACCAGGAUGUGCAUGAGGCAUCGCAGCAUCGAGGCCAAACUUCGCCAGUUCACCAAUGCUCUGAUGGAGAGUCUGAUCACUCCUCUGCAAGAUAAGAUUGAAGACUGGAAGAAGACGGCCAACCAGCUGGAUAAGGAUCAUGCCAAAGAGUACAAGAGGUCGCGACAUGAGAUUAAGAAGAAGUCAUCAGACACCAUAAAGCUGCAGAAGAAGGCCCGUAAAGAGAUGCAGGGGCGAGGAGAUCUGCAGCCCCAGCUGGACAGCGCCAUGCAGGAUGUGACUGACAUGUGUCUGCUGAUGGAGGAGACGGAGAAGCAGGCCGUGCGCCGUGCUCUGGUGGAGGAGAGGGGACGCUUCUGCACCUUCAUUGGCUUCCUUCAGCCUGUUGUGAACGGAGAAAUUGCCAUGCUGGGGGAGAUCACCCACCUCCAGGCCAUCAUUGAUGACCUCACUGUGUUGACGACGGAUCCCCACAAACUGCCCCCUGCCAGUGAACAGGUGAUUGUGGAUCUGAAGGGGUCGGAUUACACCUGGUCCUAUCAGACCCCUCCAUCGUCUCCAAGCAGCUCUGGUUCACGCAAGAGCAGCAUGUGCAGCAGCGUCAACAGCGCCCACAGCAGUGCUUCCCGUUCAUCAGGUGGAGGCGUAGGAGUGGGUAGCGGUGGAGGAGGCUCGCAGCCACACUCACCGUCCUCUUCUUCCUCAUCCUAUCGCUAUCGCAGCAGUGUGCCACAGCAGCCUCCACCACCAGGUGGCAUUGCGGCGCACCGUCUCAGCAGCGUCUCCUCCCACGAUUCAGGUUUUGUGUCCCAGGAUGCAAACAUCUAUUCCAAGCCUCCGUCGCCGAUGCCCUCAGACAUCACCAGUCAGAUGUCCUCCAGCUCUGCAUCAUCAGAGGCGUCAGAAACAUGCCAGUCAGUCAGUGAAUGCAGCUCCCCAACCACUUUUGGCUCGUCCUUCGCUACCUUUCGCCCCGCUCACUCUCACUCUGGCUCCACCAGGCCUCUCUCUGUCAUUCUUCCUCUUCCUGCGUCCCCUCCCUAUAUUCGCCCCCCUGGAUCCAGCUCCUCCUCUCCCACAUCAAAGGUCCCCCUGUGGAAGGACUGGUCUAAAGCAGUUCAGUAUGAGCAGCCCGUGGCUGCUGCACCGGUUCAGAGGAGGAAGGAGCCUGUCGACAGGCCGCGGGAGAGCGAGGGUUCGCCAGGCCCCCAGGGACCCGCUGCAGCGUCGCACCCAGAGGACGGGCAGAGGCCCCGGAUGACUCCAGCUACGAUCGCUGCAAAGCAUGGUGAGGAGGUUUCUCCAGCAGCAAGUGACCUUGCCAUGGUACUGACCAGGGGACUAAGUGUGGAGCAGCAGAAAAGCAGCCGAGACUCCCUGCAGUACUCCAGUGGAUACAGCACAGAGACGACAACCCCAUCCUGCUCUGAGGACACAAUCCCUUCACAAGGUUCAGAUUACGACUCCUACUCUGUCAACGGUGACAACGAAGGCCCAGAUGGACAUGCAGAGUUUGACAAGUCCUCCACUAUACCUCGGCAUUCAAACAUCGCUCAGAACUACAGGCGCAUGAUCCAGACCAAAAGGCCAGCCAGUACAGCUGGCUUACCCAUUGGGGUCCUUGGUCCAGGAGCUCAUGGGAUAGCAGGACAACAGGGUGGAGCUGGUGGUGGAGGAGGAUCAGGGACUCCGGGCACUGCAACUAUCCGUCGAACCCCAUCAACCAAACCAGGAGUGAGGCGCACAUUGUCUAGUGCAGGGCCCAUUCCUAUCCGACCACCAAUAGUGCCUGUUAAAACACCCACCGUGCCCACAGACUCACAUUCACCUGGCACAGUCAGCUAUGCGGUAGGAGGGCCACAAGGAGCUGUGCCUGUUCGAGUUGGAAGUGAAGAGUGCGUGUUCUUCACUGGAGCUGAAGAUGGGCAAGGAGGGCUUGAUUAUGUGAAGGCAUCACCAAAGCGCCUUAGCCUUCCCAACACUGCCUGGGGAUCAGGGGCGGCGCUUGAGGUCUAUGCGCGGCAACACGGAAGCCUUGGCAUGGCGUCAGGCUCAGGAGUUGGAUCAGAAGAGGAUCAGAUGAUCGCAGCAAACCGGCACAGUCUAGUUGAGAAGAUUGGCGAAUUGGUAGCAAGUGCAAAUGCCCUUGGUGAGGGUCAGUUUCCUUUCCCAGCUCUCCCAGAUGACCCAACUACUACACAAGGUGGCCUGAGUGAAAGUAAGACUGGGACAGCUGGGGCCGAGGGGUCUGGCGACAUGUUGACCACAAUCAGGAGAGGAGUACGCCUUCGCAAAACGGUCUCUAAUGACCGUUCGGCUCCCCGUAUAUUGUGAUCAGUGGAAAAACCUGAAUGCAUGAGGAUAAUUGUCAGCUAAAAGAAGGUCAAAUGUUGUGUAGUAGUGCCCAACAACCUAGUGUAUACAUAAAAACAUAACCAUGUUGGACAAGCUAUAAAGUAACAGGAUGAAUAAAGCAAACAAAAAACCCUGCAGAAAAUGUUCAAAGCCUUUAGACUAAACAUUCUAAUAUAAUGAUAACAUACAUAAUCUAAGCUGAUGCUGACAAUUGCAAGUGAAGUACUUCAUGUUGACUGCCAACUAGCUGGCCGCUAUAACUAGUGUGUGUUGGACGCAUGUUUGUCUUCUAUACUUCCUACACCGGGGAUAGAGAUAUCCAUAAGAAAACAGAUUUUUAAAUAAACCGAGGCAAAGAAGAAAGACCACUGGGAUCCGUUCUGUUUGCAGACAUUUUCCCUCUCCCAGUCCUGGCUCUCAACUAAUUUAGGUGACUGAUCCCAGAUGAAAGAUGCCUGAAGGACAUGGCUGAAGACGACCAGAGGAAGAGAGUUGGGGGACUUGGACUAAAAAGUUAAAGAAAGGUUGUCUCUGUUUCGGUACACUGUGCCGACAAGGAUAUUAAACUGCUUGGCACCAGUACGGGGAGCUAACCAACCAGAGGGUCGCUCUUGUUAACCCUGAUGGAAAGAUGUAGUUGGCAUUGAACCAUACUUGUUGCCCCUCCCCCACUCUCUUUGGGCUUUGUGCCCACAUGCAAUUAUUUAUGCAUGUGGGCAAAUGUAAAGUGGAGCGCAUGGCAGAUGUGAUUGAACUUAUGUGGGCGGGUGUGUGUGUCUGUGUGCGAGCGGGGGUGGGUAGAGCUCUGCUGCGGGACAGCCAGUUACCCAACGAAGGCAGGGCUUUUUUUCUCUUGUGUGUCGUGUGCGUAUUUUCCUGUUUAUAGUGUGAUGUUUUCCUUGUUAGCACUGUAAGAGAAGUUCAGAGAUGUAAUCCAGGAGUAUAGAUAUAUUCGUAUAUAUUUUCUAGAAGCAGAGAAAAAACAAGAACAAAAACCUGAGCAAUAAACAUGUUUUAUUUACUUGUUUGGAAGAAGUGGUUCGAUUUGGAGGACAGCAGGUUCUCCGAUGUUUCAUUCAGGCAAUCAUCAGGAAUGCUAAAUUAAACAUCGACUGUGAAUUCAUGGUUUUCCUUCGCCUCCCUCUUGCUGUUUUCACCCCAGUCUAGUAACUGAAGUGGAUAACAAAAAAAAAAGAAAAAAAAAUACUUUAAGCACUUUGAUGAGAGUUGCGUCUGUACAAUAGCAAGAA